CUCCCCCCCCCACCUUGUGACACAUCCCGGGUCCUCCCGGAGGCGGCUGCAGCGGCAGCAGCACUAACGCCGCCUCCAACGGGAGCCGCAACCCCAGACUCAGCCUCCCCCCGGCCCCGCCGCCACUUGCUGCAGUCAUGGCUGCUGAUGGGGUGGACGAACGCUCGCCUCUGCUGUCCGCAUCCCAUUCGGGAAAUGUCACUCCCACGGCCCCACCAUACUUACAAGAAAGCAGCCCCAGAGCGGAACUCCCACCUCCGUAUACAGCCAUUGCCAGUCCAGAUGCCAGUGGUAUUCCAGUAAUAAACUGCCGCGUGUGCCAAUCUCUCAUCAAUUUGGAUGGCAAGCUUCACCAGCAUGUGGUUAAGUGCACGGUUUGCAAUGAAGCUACGCCAAUCAAAAACCCCCCAACAGGGAAGAAGUAUGUUAGAUGCCCUUGUAAUUGUCUCCUCAUUUGUAAGGACACAUCACGGCGAAUAGGAUGUCCAAGACCCAACUGUAGACGCAUAAUUAAUCUUGGCCCAGUAAUGCUUAUUUCUGAAGAACAGCCAGCUCAACCUGCAUUGCCAGUUCAGCCAGAAGGUACAAGGGUCGUGUGUGGGCACUGUGGAAACACGUUCUUGUGGAUGGAACUGAGGUUCAACACGCUGGCAAAAUGCCCACACUGCAAAAAAAUUUCCUCAGUGGGUAGUGCACUUCCUCGAAGACGCUGCUGUGCAUAUAUUACGAUUGGAAUGAUAUGUAUUUUCAUUGGAGUUGGAUUAACUGUUGGCACCCAAGAUUUUGCAAGACGAUUUCAUGCAACCUAUGUUUCUUGGGCAGUUGCUUAUCUCUUAGGUUUGAUUUGUCUUAUCCGAGCUUGUUAUUGGGGAGCCAUAAGAGUGAGUUAUCCAGAACACAGUUUUGCGUAAGCUUGUUUAUGAUUUGGUAAUGCAGGUGAGAGUAUCUAGCAGUUCUCGAUAAGCUACUCUGGACAUCUUUAAAUCAUUAACCUAAUGGAUUUCAUUCUGGUUUAUGUGUGAAGUUUUAAGACUUUGGGAGUCUUUUAUGAACAAAUGCUCAUUGUACUACAUUAUGUGCAAAUAGUUUGUUUUGCUGCUAAGUUUUCAAGCUCCAAAUAAUAAAGCUUGGCCUUCACAUUCUUUCACAUCUCUGAAAGAUAUUUUUGAUUUGUUCUCAAACAUUACGUAUAAUAUCAACAUUUCAUUAUUUUUAAAUCAGUUAUUCCAUUAUUUGCUGAUCUGUGAGUAUUCCCAAGAAGUGUUUAUAAAUGUUGGUAUAAUAGCUUCACAUUUAUACUUACAUUUCAAUUAAACAGUAUCACAAUCGCUUGCUUUAAAAUCUAAGCAAUAUGCAUUUUGCUUGGACUGCUUACUGUAACUUUAACCUAAGAUCGUAGUGACCUUAUUCAGGAAAAAAAUUUUAGUGUACCUUCAAAGACUUGACAUUCUUGUCAGAUAAAGACCAUUUCUAGAUACUGUAUGCUUAUUUUACAUUGUUUGUAGAAAGAUAUAAUAUUUUGAUAGUAAUUUAAAAUACAAGAAUAAAAAUAUUUAUUUGUCCACAGUUGAAGAUAUGUUAGAUAAAUUUUUUUUUUCUCAAAAAUCACAGGAUUUUUGUCUUUUAUUUUUGUCAUUUUUAAAUUUACUAAUUAUAAAAGUUCUGGCCUAGAUUUAUGAAAUUUAAUGUUAAUCAGCUCUAUAUGUGGGAGCCUGAAGGAAGUAUUUCAUAUAACAUGUUUCAUAAUAUUUAACCAUUUACAAAGGUGUAUCUAUAUUAGGUUGUCCUCCUUUUCAUUAGACAUGGCAAAUUUUUCUCAUUGGGAUAAUUAUGGAAAAUGUAUGUGUGAAGGGAGCCUGUGACAUUUUACACUGGAUAAAGUAUUGAGAUUAGAUGCAGUUACUUUUACCAUUCUUCUCAAAUAUAGCUGGUCAAUUAAUUACCAAAUUUAUUCAAAAUACAGAUCAAAGACAAAAACAACAUAAUUUUCUAAGAAUUCACUAGGAUUUCAGGAAUCAGCUCUUGUACUGCCCAUCUUUGCAGUUUUGAAAAAGAAAUUGCUUAACUGAGAGGUAAUAUUCUAAAGCUUUUGAAGUAGUAGAAUUAGAGAUGUUCUGAGUAAAUUAAUUAGCUACUCCAGGGAUAAGAAUAAUAUUUUUAAUUAUUUAUGUUCCUAAUUAGUAUAAAAAUGUACUUGUCAGAAAGUCUGGAGCAAAAUACACAUGAACUUUAAAGAGUAAAUGAUAAAUGUAUAAAUGCAGUAGCUCAGGAUUAUAUGUACCUUUGAAAAUACACUAAUAAAG